GUCCUUAAGACCCUCACGAGGCCCAUCAGCUCUGCCCAGACCAAGCAGGUACUUUGCAGGAUCCGACAUCUUCAGAGUUCGCCUGAUGUUCCAGAUUCGAAGCUCGCGGUUUGUUUCCUGGAGGCCCUGGAUCGGUUUCGCGUCUUCGACUACGUAGUUAUGGACUAUUUCGCCACCGUCGCCAGCGACACUGCCGAGCGCCUGCACAAGCAGGCGACCCAGCUGAAGAUAGUCAACUGGGACCGAUGGGUAAAAAUGCACUCGGUAGGCGGGGCUGCUGCCCUCUUCAAGUAU